AUGACUUCACAAUUGAAUGAAUUAGUGGAAUUUCUGCAUUCACCACAACCUGCCGUAAGACAGAUUGCCAUUGAUAAUCUAGUUGGAUUUAGUGCUGGUCCCACUUCAAAAGUUUUCAAAAAUGAUAGCUACAGACCCAUUAAGGAUAUAAUAAAAAUGAUCAUGGAUCCAGAACACGGCACCCGUGUUAUUAUUCAGCAAGGUGUCACUAUAUUGGUCAAUUUAUCUGAAGACAAGUUAGUAAGAAAUAUUAUAUUGAGCGAUGACAAGAAGUUCUUAAAAUUUUUGGUUUGGAAAAUUGUCGAUUUAACCAAUCCAAAUGCCGAUAUAAUGUGUAUCUUAUUAAGCAACUUAGCCAAGGAUGACGGCAUUCUUGCUGUUCUGAAUAUCAAAAGGAAUUCAAGCGGUGAGGAGGUCGAUGAUGGUUUGAAGUUAGCAGCUUUAAAUAAAGAAGUUUUCAAAAGUUUGAGAGCCAUGGAUUGUUUAAUGGAUUGCUUUGUUAAGGGUUAUGAUAAAAAAUUAACAAAAUAUGCCAGUUUCAAUUAUUUAGCCUUUUUUUUUGCGGAUAUCUCGAGGUUUAAAUUGGGCAGGAUGUAUUUUAUUGAAGAGCAGGAAUACGAUGGGGUUGUUCCUAUUUCAAAAUUGCUAGUAUUUACCGAAAAAUAUGAUGCAAAGGUAAGAAGAGAAGGUGUCGCUUCCACAAUUAAAAAUUCCCUAUUUGAUUCUGAAACUCAUGAAAGGUUACUCAAAGAUGAAAAAAUAAACUUGUUGCCUUACAUCCUGCUACCUAUUGCUAGUGCUAAAGAUUCUGAAAUUGAUGAGGAAGAUAUGUUCAAUUUACCAGAUGAACUUCAAUUAUUACCAGAGGACAAGGAAAGAGACCCGAUUCCUGCAAUUAUAUGCUGUCAUUUAGAAAGUAUUCUUUUGCUAUGUACAACGCAUGCUGGAAGAGAAUACUUAAGAGACAAGUCCGUUUAUCCACUAGUGAGGGAGCUGCAUAAAAACGUUGAGAAUGAAGAUAUUGGUGAAUUAUGUUACAGAAUUGUUAAUAUGUUAAUGAGAGGCGAGCCAGGUGCGGGAGCAGUGGAAGAGAUGCCAUCAAAGAAUGCGGAAGAGGAAGAAGAGGAGGAGAGUGAAGAAGAAGAAGAUGACGACGAAGAAGAUGAAAUUGUCGAAGUGGCCUAG